AUGGCGGAGGAGCUGGCGCCAUUGGACGAGACGCUAUCCCCCACAGACGACGGAUUUCAUGCGCAUGCGUUAGGCGGCUCGGUUUUCAGCGGCUCGGACGCGGAAGCGCCGGAGUUGGGAUCGUUAAAUGUGUCACGGGGACGAGCCGCGGAGCGAUCGUCGCGGGGAGGCGGCGCGGGAGGAGCGAAGCGGUUCGGACGGGGCGGGAUGGUGAUGGCAGUGAUCAUGCGCUUAUUGGCCAUAAACAAGCGGAUUUUAAUCCCCGUGGCGCUCGCGUCGCUCGCUUCGAUGCUGAUGGGAUACGACAUAGGCGUGACUAGCGGUGCAGUGCUGAUUGUGCAGCGAACCUACCACCUCAGCAUUGCGGAUAAGGAGCUUUUCAUCGGUUCCUUCAGCUUCGCUGCAGCCAUCUCAGCCCUCCUCUCCGGCCCUCUCGCUGACUCCUUCGGCCGCCGCCCCCUCCUCCUCCUCUCCUCCCUCCUCUCCUCCAUCGGCUUCCUCACCAUGGCCCUUUCUCACACCUUCCCCACCCUCCUCUUCACCCGCAUCCUCACCGGUUUCGGGGUUGGCAUCGGGUUGACUGUCGGCCCUCUCUAUUGUGUCGAGCUGGCCCCAGCCGAUUCCCGCGGCUCUCUCUCUGCUCUCAGCGAGCUUCUCUCUUCCCUCGGGCUGCUCCUCGGGUAUUUAAUCUCCUUUCUCCUCUCGCCGUCCCCUAAGGAGCUGGUGCAUCCGAAUGAGGCGGUGAAGCAGAUGCUCAUGCUGGCCGUGGGGGCAGCGUUCUACCAGCAGGCCACAGGCGUUCCCACAAUGCUCUACUACACCCCCGAGCUCUUUGCAACGAUGGGCCUCACCUCCUCUGCUGCUAUCCUCUCUGCCAGCCUCGCGGUGGCCCUCGCUCGCACGCUCGCUUCCCUUGUGCCCUUGUCUAUUCUGGACGAGAUUGGAAGACGGACACUGCUGCUCAUCAGCACAGCAGGCAUGACCAUCGCCCUGCUAGCUCAAGCUAUAGUCCUCCACACAAUGAACCUCGGCGGAGAGUUUGACAUCUCUUCAGAAAACCCCUCCUCCUCGUCCCCGCUCACUCCUCUCGUCUCCCGCCCAUUCCAAUCCAACGCUGCUGCUCUCUCCGUGAUUGCCGCAGCCAAUCUAACCGUGUUCUUCGCGAUAGGCCUCUCGCCCAUCUCCACUCUCCUCCCUCCGGAGAUUUUCCCACUUCGGUUACGGGCCCAAGGGACCGGCCUUGCUGUGGCAGUCAGCAGGCUGGUUGCUGCGGCUCUUUCCUCAUCUUUUCUGAGCCUUGUUGAUGCGACCAGCCCGGGGUUUCCGUUCUUUGUGUUUGCGGUGCUGUCAGCAGCUGCGGUUCCGUUUCUGCAUUCGUGUAUGAGGGAGACGAGAGGGGUGAAGCUUGAAGGGGCUUCGGCGCUAUUUGAGCCGAGUUUGGGGGGCGGAGUGGGGAGAGGAGGGGGGGUGUGGGGGGGAGGAGGGGUGGGAGGGGCAGCAGGGGCGGGAGAGGAGGGUGCUGUGAUGGAUGGGCAUGGGAGAGCGAUUGGUAGGAGGGCUAGGAAUGUGGGAGGAGGAGAUAGGGCUUCGACCAGUUGA